GCGCCCCCGCGCCCCUCAGGAUGCCUUCAAUUAAACUGCAGAGUUCAGAUGGAGAAAUCUUUGAAGUUGAUGUUGAAAUUGCAAAGCAGUCUGUGACUAUAAAGACUAUGCUGGAAGAUCUGGGAAUGGAUGAUGAAGGUGAUGAUGACCCAGUCCCUCUUCCGAACGUUAAUGCUGCUAUUUUAAAAAAGGUGAUUCAGUGGUGCACCCAUCACAAAGAUGAUCCACCUCCUCCUGAGGAUGAUGAGAACAAAGAAAAAAGAACAGAUGACAUCCCUGUGUGGGAUCAAGAAUUCCUGAAAGUAGACCAAGGAACACUCUUUGAACUGAUCCUGGCUGCAAAUUACCUUGACAUCAAGGGUUUGCUUGAUGUCACAUGCAAGACAGUUGCAAACAUGAUCAAGGGGAAGACUCCAGAAGAAAUUCGCAAGACAUUCAACAUUAAGAAUGACUUCACUGAGGAGGAAGAAGCACAGGUACGUAAAGAGAACCAGUGGUGUGAAGAGAAGUGAAGAAUUGUGCCUGAUUCUCAAACACUGUAAGGAUUGUUCCAAAUACUAGUUGCACUGCUCUGUUCAUAAUUGUUAAUAUUAGACAAAUGCAGCAGCAAAUGAAGUUGUGUUAGCAGGAUCUUGUUCCCUUUGCAUGUGUAGUGUUUUUUGGGUACAAAUUUAAAUUCUCUGAGUUUUUACUAGUGUAAUUGGAUGUCUUUUUACUUUACUCUGCAAUGAAUAAAACUGAAUUAAGUGUGGAUUCUCUAUGGAAA